GAGGACAGAUCUGCCGGCGCCCUGUCUGGGAAUUGGCGAGCGGCGGCGCCUGGCAGGACUGGACCAGCCCUGGCGCAGGGUCCUGGGGGCCUCGUGGGUUGAGACCACCUCGGUUUGGGACAUGCUGGCUUGAGCCUGGGGUCCUGGCAUGGAAUUCCUAACAGCCUCCCAACCUCCUCCAGGAUCUCCAGCCAUGGAGUUGGAGGAACCCAAGGACACACUUUUGCCCUCUCAGGAUCUCUCCUCUGAUUGCCAGUGGGACCCAGCGCCAGGAGGCCACAGCAGCCUGAGUCAAAUGGAACUUGAUGGACUAAAUAUUCAGGACCUGGUACAACAGUUUGAAGCUCUGCCAGGUGAUCUGGUGGGCCUGUCCCCAGAUGGAGCCCCAUGUCCCCUGCACAUUGCCACUGGCCAUGGUCUGGCCUCACAGGACAUCACCGAUGCCCAUGGGCUCUUGUCUGCUGAGGCUGGCCGCGAUGACUUGCUGAGCCUUUUGCAGCAAGAUGAGUGCCCUCCUUCCCAGUUGUGUCCCCAGGAACCUCUGGACCCUGCUCCUCGCCUGUUGCAGCCCCCUGAGGACCCAGAGGAGGAUGCUGGCCCUCAGGAGUGGGCUGAGGGAGCCUCUGCUGAGCGGGGUGGCAGUGGGAGUUCAAGCAGCUCCCCGGAACCCUGGCUGGAGACAGUACCUCUGGUUGCUCCUGAAGAGCCACCUGCCAAUGUCAAGAGUCCCGAGACCCUGGCUUCAUACCCUGCCCUCCAGGAGGUAUCCGGCCCCUGUGAUCAUGAAGACCUCCUAGAUGGUGUCAUGUUUGGGGCCAAAUACCUGGGCUCCACCCAGCUGGUGUCCGAGCGCAACCCGCCCCCCAGCACACGCAUGGCGCAGGCUCAGGAGGCCAUGGACCGCGUCAAGGCCCCUGAUGGGGAGACUCAGCCCAUGACAGAGGUGGACCUCUUCGUCUCCACCAAGAGGGUCAAGGUUCUGAUGGCCGACUCCCAGGAGGCCAUGAUGGAUCACGCCCUGCAGACCAUCUCCUACAUCGCUGACAUUGGCAGCGUGCUGGUGCUCAUGGCCCGGCGGAGGGUGGCCCGGCGUCCGGCACCCCAGGCCCAUAGCCGCCGGCUCUACAAGAUGAUUUGCCACGUGUUCCACUCAGAGGAUGCUCAACUCAUCGCUCAGGCCAUCGGCCAGGCCUUUGCAGUGGCCUACAGUCAGUUCCUAAGGGAAAGUGGGAUCGACCCCAGCCAGGUGGGCACUCAGCAGAGCCAGGGGGCCACAGGCCCCGGGCACCUCCACAACGGGGACCUCGACCACUUCUCCAACAGUGAAAACUGCAGAGAGGUAUGCAUCGAGAAACGCCGGGGCGAGGGUCUGGGUGUGGCCCUGGUGGAGUCGGGCUGGGGCUCCUUGCUCCCCACAGCUGUCAUCGCCAACCUGCUGCAUGGGGGCCCGGCCGAGCGCUCUGGGGCCCUUAGCAUCGGGGACCGCAUCACCGCCAUCAACGGGACCAGCCUGGUGGGGCUUCCCCUGGCCGCCUGCCAGGCCGCCGUCCGCGAAGUGAAGUCGCAGACGCUGGUGACCCUCAGCAUCGUCCACUGCCCUCCUGUCACCACGGCCAUCAUCCGCCGGCCCCACGUCCGCGAGCAGCUGGGCUUCUGCGUAGAGGAUGGCAUUAUCUGCAGCCUUCUCCGGGGUGGUAUCGCCGAGCGCGGGGGCGUCCGAGUGGGACACCGCAUCAUUGAGAUCAAUGGGCACAGUGUGGUGGCCACACCCCACGACCGUAUCAUUGAGCUGCUCACCGAGGCCCAUAUUGAGGUCCACAUCAAGACGAUGCCUGCUGCCACCUACCGCCUGCUCACAGGCCAGGAGCAGCCUGUGUACCUGUGACCCGCCACCUUCACCCCCACCACCGUGCCUUAGUCCCCCCAGCCCUGGAACUCCUGCAGACUUGCCUCGGCUGGCCAUGGCCCCAAAGGUUUCUUGGCUCUAUAUUAUUUUUUGGAUGUAAAAAAUUAAAAGCUUUUCAAAAGGG